CCUCCGCGAUCAGGACCAGGAAGUGACAGCAUGAGAGGGCAGAAGAGAACUUCCGCCCUUACAGAACCUUAAUCUUUUAUCCAGCCAGGGCUAAUGUUAGAUGCUAGAAUCAAGUGGCCUAAAGGUCCUCUCCACGAAGGGUAACUAGUCGUGUUUGUCCAUCAACCGGUGACACAUCCUGCUGCAGGGAGACGUCACCUGAAGACCAGCCAUGGAGGUCCCGGUCCUGGAACAUAUCCGGCACUCGCUACUGAGUGACAGAAACAAAGACCUGAUCAUAGACAAGCUGCUGAGUCUCACCAUGGAGAUUAUCUGUCUGCUGACUAGAGAGGAUUUCAUUGUUGUGAGAAAGUCGGGUGACCAGGUGACAGACAUCAGCGGCCCCCCUGUGUCAGACAGAAGCAGCGGCACCCAGAGUCCAAACACGGAGGCUCCACCUCAUGCGCCAACAGGGGAGAGGAGCCGUGACAGGAUUACACAGCCACCUACUGAGGUAUAUCACAGAGAGACGAGAAAGGUGCCUGGGAAGUGUAAGGAUGUGGAGGUCUCGUUCUGUGUGGCAGAGUGGGACUAUUCAGGCGGACACAAUGACGUUGUAAUGGACCCUCCGCAGCUGCGUGACUCAGUGGGUGAGUGUAGCUCUAGAAGCCCCCCAGGACGAUGUGAGACCCCUCUGUACUCUGGGGAUUAUAUAAAGGAAGAGAACCGGAUUAUCAUAGAGGAUUAUCAGGAUGAGCCGGGACACGGGGUGUAUCACCCGCAGUGUAAGGAAGAGGAGCCCGUCCCUGAUCCCACCAGCUCAGGUGGGUGCAGCUCUAGAACUCCCGCAGACCCCUGUGAGACCCCUCUGUACUCUCCGGGCUGUAUAGAGGAAGAGAACAGGACUGUGACACAGGAAUAUCAGGAUGAGCCGGGACACGUGAUAUAUCACCGGCAGUGUAAGGAAGAGGCCGUUCCUGCUGAGAUCAGCCCAGGUGGGUGUAACCCUACACACCCCGCAGACCCAUGUGACACCCCUCUCUAUACUCCGGGGUGUAUGGGAGAAGAGAACAGGAUGAUCAGCCAGGAUUAUCAGGCUGUGCCAGGAGACGGGAUGUGUUACCAGCAAUGUAAAGAAGAGGACGUUCCUGCUGAGAUCAGAUCAGGAACUGAGGCCGGUGUAGAGCUGGAUGCUGGUGAUCAUCGGGGGCUGCAGGAAUUCCUCCCAGAGUCCAGUGCAGGUCCGCACGCCUCCUCACACUAUCCUGAGAUGACGUAUCAGUGCUCCGAUUGUCAACAAUGUUUCCCUAAUCAUUCAGCCCUCCUCACCCAUCAGCAAACGCAUAGCACCAGUAAUCUGUAUAGGUGCUCUGUUUGCGGAGUGCGUUUCAGCUCCAUAUUGGCUCUUACCGCCCACCAGCGAUGUCACACUGAGGACAGAUUGUUUGUUUGUUACAGUGGGAAAUCCUUUCAUCAGAGGUCACGUCUUCUGUCACAUAAGAGGACUCACACCGGGGAGAGGCCAUUUCCAUGCCUGGAGUGCGGGAGAUGUUUUACCAACCGAUCUGCUCUUACUAAGCACCAGCUGCUGCACUCUGGUGAGAAGCUGUUUGAGUGCUCCGAAUGCAGCAAAUGUUUUGUCCACAAAGGUGACCUUGUCCAGCAUCAGCGCACUCACUCCGGGGAGAGGCCGUUUUCAUGCCUGGAGUGCGGCAGCUGUUUUAAACUCAGGUCUGCUCUAACUAUGCACCAGAGGAUUCACUCUGGCGAGAAGCCGUUUUCAUGCAUGGAAUGCGGCAAGUGCUUUGUCCAGAAAUCCGACCUGGUCAGGCAUCAGCGCACUCACACCGGGGAGAGACCGUUUGUGUGUUCUCAGUGCGGCCGCUGCUUUUCUACCAGCUCACAUCUUGGUCGACAUCAGAAAGUUCACACCGGUCUGAGGUGAAUAAAUUGUUUGUCGUCUACAUGACCAGGCUUGUUUACAAAUUGGAAAUGAUAAAGUGGACAUCUUUUCUUGCCAAAUGCAUUUUAAGGUGUCCAUAUAAUGGCUCGAUCUAAUAAUGCUCAUAGUGGAUACGGUGAAAUCAUUACUUGAAUUAUUUUUUGCUUUGUGUUAUAUUGAGAGUAAAGGGACAUCGAGGCUGUCUUUGAUUUUCGUGUAUAUGAACGUAGUGAUUCCUUUGGUUCAUUAUCUACAUAGAAAAGAACAACUGGAAGGUACCAAGGACUUAAUUCAGACCUGAUCGCAGCAGCAAAAUUGUUAGCUUAUGGGCAAAACCAUGUGCACUGCAAGUGGGGCAGAUGUAACAUGUGCAGAGAGAGUGGGCGGGGUGUGUUCUAAAUGAAAUCUAAACUGCAGUUUAAAAUUAAAGCAGCCAGUAUUUACCCUGCACAGAAACAAUAUAACCCACCCAAAUCUUACUCUCUCUGCACAUGUUAUAUCUGCCACACCUGCAGUGCACAUGUGGGGUCAUUCCGACCCGAUCGCUCGCUGCAGUUUUUCGCAGCGCAUUGAUCGGGUCGGAACUGCGCAUGCGCCAGCGCAUGCCAGCCGCUGUUGCCUAGCGAUUGCCUCUGAGGCGGUCGCAGGGCGGGAGGGGGCUGGAUGGCGGCAUUAAGCUGCCGUACAGGGGGCGCUGUCCGGCCAACAUAGGCAUGGUCGGACCAUUGGGGGGGCGGGCCGCGGUAGCGAAGCACGCAGUCGCUGCGUCCUGGGGCAGCGAUGAGGUUCUUCCGGCCAGCCGCAGGAGCUGCACCGGCCGGGAGCAACUCCUGAAAGGCAAAAGCAUCGCUGCUGUGCGAUGCUUUUGCAUUUCUGCAGGGUGGGGGGCGGCACUGACAUGCGGGGCGACUAGCCCUGUGCUGGGCGUCCCCCCGCAUGUCUGAGUGCCUGAUCGUAGCUGUGCUAAAUUUAGCACAGCUACGAUCAACCUGGUUUUGCCCAUUAGCGAACAAAUUUGCUGCUGUGAUCAGGUCUGAAUUAGAACCCAAGUGCGCAGACAUCAGAAGUGCAGGAUGAGCCUGAUUUGAAAAGUCAAGUGCUCUUCCUAAGAUUAAAUGGCUGUGCUCCCUCCAAUGCAGGGAAUGACACUCUGCCUUCUCCAUCCCAUCAUUUUCUACAUGUAAUCCCAUCCUGUAAUACAUUAAUCUGUGCCCCCUACCACAGAGGACGUCUGUCCCAUUACACACACUCACCUCUCUAUACCAUGGUAUAAAUGAUAGUACAUAGGGACAGGCUAUUUCUCAGCAUGGCUGUGUGGGACCAGUAAUAUCACCAGCAAUGGUCGUCUGUUUAAUACCCUUGAACAUCAGUCGAUGGUUCUGUACUUAGCAGCCGGCUGGAGACCAGAAAUAAUGAGACAACACACAGGAGAUAUGUAGAAGCUCAGCAAGUAAUUUCUGAUCUGACUCGUUGCUUUAGGAGCAUUUAUUUAUACACAAAUGAACAAAGGAAUAAAGGUAUGGCAGCGUGUUAGCCAAUCAAAGUACACCGUGUGCAAAGAUAAACAAUGAUUUAAUGAAACCAAUUAUAGCAUUCCUGUAUAUAUAUAUUCUCAUCAUUGUUUGCUCAUUAAUUUAAUGAGAAGGCCUUUUCUUUAUCACCAUCUGGACUUUAAUCUUGAAAGCCUUCUUUCCAUUGUCACCUGGACAUUCCAAAACAUACUCCUUUAAUGUUCUCAUCAUGCAAUUAAAGUUUUAUCUCAGCGUGGGAGUUAACUAAAUGUCAUUGUGACUGCAGCUGGAGAAAUCAUAUUGUUCUUAACAAAAUAGUUUCUCACAGAAAUAUCUAUGUAAUUCAUUUAAGGAAAUUACAUAUACUAGCUGGCUAUGUUCAUUGAUUAUAGCAAUGAACAUUCUAAUCAAUACCAAAUUAUGAAACAUAGAAUCACAUAACUGCUUAUUGGGUUGAAAUGAUUGUAUAACAUUAUGCGUGCUUGUAGUUAUUAAAUACAAAGCUUACAACCGUUAUAAAGAUGAUUUUAUAUUUAAAA